AUGACCACACCCCUCUACCCCAACGACCACACCCCGCGCGGGCGACCGGGCCUGAUCGCUCCGCCUGCCCUCGCGCCUGCCAACACCGAUGUCAAGCCGAUCUACGGUUUCGGAGGCGGGCGCCGCCGGGCUUCGAUCACCGCGGCCGCGAAUGUCGACGGCGCCGGGAGUGUCCAUACACUUGCUAGCGUAGCGAAGACUUCCCCGGCCCCCGGAGGUCUCAGUCAGUUGUUUGCGCACUCGGAGGUAUCCUCGCGCGCAACUAGUCGUGCCCCGAGUGAUGACGAGCGCACCCAGAAGCCUACCGCCGGCGCCGGCGGUAGGAAGAAGAAAAACAAGAAGGGCAAGAACGCCGCGAAGAAGAACCAGAUUCGCGAUCUGAGCAAGUUUGAUGCCGAUUUCGAGACGCCAAAGAAAGGCAGCAUGAAGAGCGCAGAGGAUGCAUGGAGCAAGCUGGGGGGACUCGCAGAGCCGGACUGGACAUUCAUGAAGCGCCCGGUCACGGCCACGUCUUCGACAUGCUCGUCUAGGUCCUCGUCACCCCCACGCCCUAGCGGUCUUUCGUCGCUUCUCUCUCAGGCGGACCCGGGCAACCUCGUAUCUAUCGUCUACAGCAGCGACACCUCCGUCUGCUCCGAGGCUGGUGACAUUCCCUCCCCGGGUGAGACCUACGAGGUCGCUCUCGACGAGGACUAUGUCGCGCCUUCUGCUGCCGCAGUUCCGCGGAAGAUGCAUGCCGAUGACUUCCAGCAGCUGCGCUGUCUUGGAAAGGGCACCUAUGGCACCGUGGUCCUCGUGCGCCACCGCGAAACCGGCAAGCUGUAUGCCCAGAAACAGCUCAAGAAGGCAUCCCUCAUCGUCCACAAGAAGAUGGUCGAGCAGACCCAGACCGAGCGCGCUAUCCUCGAGUCCGUCAACCAUCCGUUUGUGGUCAAGCUCUACUAUGCCUUCCAGGACCAUGAGAAGCUCUACCUCAUCCUUGAGUACGCCCAGGGCGGAGAGCUCUUCCUCCACUUGUCCCAGCAGACUAUGCUGCCAGAGCCCACCGCCGUGUUCUACCUCGCGCAGCUAGUCCUGGCACUCUCGCACCUGCACCUCAACGUCGGCGUCGUCUACCGCGACCUAAAGCCGGAGAACUGCCUCCUCGACCACACCGGAAACCUCCUCUUAACUGACUUUGGCCUCAGCAAAGUCAAGACGGACGACAGCGCGUGCCGCAGCUUCCUGGGCACCCCCGAAUACAUGGCGCCGGAGGUCCUCCAAGGAAACGGUGAGAAGGAGUAUGGCUGCGAAGUCGACUGGUGGGGCGUCGGCGCCCUCGCCUGCGACCUCAUGACGGGCUUCCCCCCCUUCCGCGGUAACAGCCAUAAGAAGGUCGCAGAGCGCAUCCAGAAGCAGAAGCUCUCGCUGCCAUAUUUCCUUAGCGCUGAGGCUAAGGACCUUAUCACCCGGCUCCUUAGGAAGGAUCCGACAAAGAGGUUGGGGUAUAACAUGCCGAAGGACCUGGCGACGAUUAAGGCACACCGCUUCUUUCGCAAGAUUGAUUGGGACGCUCUGGAGCGGCGGGAGGUCGAGCCGCCGAUUGUCCCGUUUAUUACGGAGCCGGAGCUCGCGGAGAAUUUUAGCGCGGAGUUUACGGGGUUGAGUUUGUCGCCGCCGGUGGUGGGGGAGGGCGAGAGGGGGGAGGGCGUGGGGGAGGACCCGUUUGGCGGGUUUAGCUUUGUGGCGAGUAGGAGUGUGUUGGAUGCGUAUGGGAGGGAGUAG